GCCCAUCCAGUUUUGACGUCUAAAUCUCCAGAGAGGCAGCAUAUUCCACUGCGGAACGGCUCUUUUUGAGGAGGGUUGUUGAGUAAAAGGUGGCUUGGGGGUCUACUACUCUUGGGGUCGCUUUAAAUCGAGGACAAAGGCGGGGCCGUUAUGGACAAAAUAGUAGGCAAGCGCGGCGGGAGCGAAUGGGGAAGGGAGGCUGCAAUUGAGGAGCGAGAGGCCGGCUCUGCGCAGCCGAGGCCCGCCUCCCGUGGGCUCUGGAUCCCUUCGUUGGCGGCCAUGGCGUGGGGUCCGCUGUCCCUCCGCGAGCCCUUCUCCUCCUCUUUCUCCCGCCUGGCCUGGCUGUGCGGGGCCGGGCUGGCGCUGGGGGCCUUGGGGGCCUGGGCGGCGUGGCGCUGGCGGGGCGGGCGGCGACGAAGGCGGGGGCUGGAGCGCGUGGGCACCGUCACGGGGGUCACCCUCUACCCGGUCAAGUCCUGCCGUGGAAUCAACCUGCAGCGCGCCCAGGUCACGCCACUCGGCCUCCAGAGCGGGGACCUGCGCGACAGAUUUUGGCUGGUGAUUAAGGAAGAUGGACACAUGGUCACAGCUCGACAGGAGCCUCAACUGGUUUUGAUUGUUGUUAAUUCUGAAAAUGGCCAGUUAAUCCUGAAUGCUCCAGAAAUGAAGGAACUGGCCAUCCCUAUCAAAACUCCUAAAGAAAAUCCCGUGAAGAAUUGCAGGGUUUUUGGACUUGAUGUUGAAGGGCGGGACUGUGGUGAUGAGGUGGCUCAUUGGCUCACCACUUUCCUGAAUUCAGAACCAUAUCGACUCGUUCAUUUUGAAACCCAAAUGGCUCCCAGAAAAUGUGAAAAGAUUAAGAUACCUUUUCGGCCUACUGAUGAGGUUUCCUACCAUGACGCUGCUCCAAUAUUACUGAUGUCAGAGCCGUCAAUGGAAGAUCUAAAUACCAGAUUGGAGAAGAAACGGGAUUUGCGGUAUUUUAGACCAAGCAUUACUGUUUCAGGCUGUGGUGCUUAUGAAGAGGACACCUGGGACAAGAUUAUAAUUGGUGAUGUGGAAUUGAAGCUGAUCAUGCAGUGCGGCAGGUGUAUUUUGACAACGGUUGACCCAGAUAAUGGCAUCAUAGACAGAAAGGAGCCGCUAGAGACAUUGAAAAGAUAUCGUAUGUGUGAUCCAGCUGAUAAACACAUUCACAAAACAGCACCAUUGUUUGGCAACUAUUUUGGUGUAGACAAAGUGGGCACUGUUCAUGUUGGAGACCCUGUGUUCAAGAUAAUUGAAUGUUAGAGAGGGACGGGGGAGAGGGAACCUCAAGGUCAGGGGGUUCACUUGAUUUGAAACAUUUGUCUGUUCAGUAGCUGCAAUAUCAAAUAAUCAUAGCAUACAAUCCAGCCGAAUCUUUGCAUUUUGAAGUGCCAUUGAUUUCAGAAGGAGAAAUGCAUUACUAUUUAAAUAGGGCUCUCCUGAGGAGGCUACCAUGAUCCUAACCGAGGUGGUGUCCCUCCCUUAGGGAUAGAGAGAAAGGAAGAUGGAGUGCAGACAGUUUGGGGAUUUUUUUUCAUCCAAGGGACCCAAAGGAGACCCUUCAGUCUACAAUCAUGUUCCAGCUGGUUGACAAAAAGUUGUUCCUUCCUAUUACUUAAAAUGUGAAAGAAAUAUUAUAAAAAUUCUGCCUACAUUUUCCCCCUCUCUCCCCACUUCUCCCACUGUCCCCAUUCACACAACCCUAGAGCCAAAUUUGGCCUUACUGAGGCUCCUACCGGCCUUUUUGAGCAUUUCCCGGUGGCUAUGUUCCCUUCUCCAUGACAUCCUCAUUUUGUGGUGUCUUGGCUUUGUCUUUUAAAGGACUGAACUGCUUGCAAUAAUGACUUUACACUCAAAAUAGGAAGACUUUUGUCUCCCUUGGCCCACUACAAUUUGGCCUCUGAAAUUACAUUGGGUCUUUGGGCUGAGAGGUUUUCCUCAAUCCUUAGCUUAGACAAAGAUGGGCACAUUGUGGACCUUGGACCACACAUGGCCCUUGGGAAUUUCUUAAUGUGCCUCCAAAGGCCCCCCCAAAGUCAAUAGACCUGUUAAAAACACCCCCAAGUUGUCCAAAUGCACCCAAAGGAGCUGCAGAUGUGGCAGUUUCCUUCUACUAUGCCAAGUCACCUCUCAAAGUCUGGAAAAAGUGCCUCAAAAUCAACUAAAAUGGCUAUCAGAAGUUAUUUUUUGUCAUUUCUAGUAUGGAUAAGCACACUCUGGUUUGGGAUAUAGCAGUUGCUCCAGUUUCAGGGUACUGUGAAUUGACAGAUAAGCUUGCUUUGUCAUACUACUUAAUUUGGCAAGAUUGUGCAUACAUUGUCUCCUAAUUCAGAUUGUUUAGAUGGAAGUGCUUGUAUUCUAACUAAUGUUAAUCAGAUAGGUUUUUUUAAAGUUCUAAAAUCAAAAACCUAUUUCCCAGGAAAUGGCUAAAGUACGGUAUAUGAUAAACAUUAGCAACAGAGUUUCCAUGGCACCUUAAAAGGCGAGCACACCAAUUCUAGCAUACGUUUUGUGAACCAGCAGCCAUUUUUUCAGAAGUAUGAUGUUAGCCUCAGUUCACAAAUAUGUUUCCUAUUGUUUCAUUUUUUUUCUUUUUUAUGGUGACAAACCAUGGAUCAUCUGUACACAUUUAAAAUGAAUGAAUGAAUGAAUGAAUGAAUAAAUAAAUAAAUAAUUUACACAAA